AUGGUCCAUUCCGGUCCUGAUGGAGGAGCCACAGCCAAGGACAUGAUGGAAGUAAAACAUUCGACAGAAGUGCCGCCCCAUCAAGACGCCGCCUCUGGAUCUUCAGAGCUUCUUGCUGUUGUCAUCAUGUUGGCCUAUUUUGUCGUCAUGGUGGGUGCUGGUGCGUUUGCUUGGUACAGGAGCCGAAAACGCCUGCAGCAAUAUCUUGAACGGCGACAACUCAGAAGACCACAAAGAUUUGAAAACGGUAGUCGUGUUUUAAAAAUUAAGUACUGUAGCUGUGAGUCCCUGGAAUAA